AUGAGUUUUGAACACGACAUUCCUGAAAUGGAAACCUCCACCGGCACAUACGAUGCUGUGAUUGUCGGUGCUGGAUUUGCUGGCAUUUACAUGUUAUAUGAACUACGUAAACGUGGAUACGAAGUAAAAUUAUACGAAGCUGCUGAUGAAAUCGGCGGCACUUGGCAAUGGAACCGAUAUCCUGGUGCACGAUGUGAUGUUGAAAGUAUGCAGUAUUCCUAUUCAUUUAGUGAUGAAUUACAACAGGAAUGGCAUUGGACUGAACGUUAUGCUCCACAAUCGGAAAUUCUUCGUUAUCUACAUCAUGUUGUGAAUAAAUUUGAUUUAUACAAAGAUAUCCAAUUGGAAACACGUGUGACAAGUCUCACUUACAAUGAAGAAUUAUCACAAUGGACAGUGGAAACAAAUCAUAGUGACCGUGUGACCGCGAAAGUUUGCGUGUUGGCAAGUGGUUGCCUUUCUAUUCCUCGUGAUCCUCAUUUCAAAGGUAUCGAACAGUUCGAAGGAAAUGUCUACAGCACAGGCAAAUGGCCAAAGACAACCGUCGAUUUUUCUGAUCGUCGUGUCGCCGUGAUUGGAACAGGAUCAUCCGGUGCCCAAUGUAUUCCUAUGAUUGCUAAACAAGCGUCUCAAUUGUAUNUGAAUUUUCUCAUACGUUUUUGUUUUGUAUUUAUUGUUGAUCGUAUUUCUUAG